CUGUUUUUCCAUACAUGCAGAAAGAUUAGAAAGAAAUUUAUCAGAAAGAAAGAAAUUGAAAUGGAGCAUUAUCUGGCCAAAAAGAUUGUGACAUUGGUUUUGGUUGCUAUUGUGUUUAUUAGCAGUGCUAGUAUAGAGGUGUCGCGGGCACAAGGAAUAUGUAACAUGACGGGCGAAGAAUUGAUGUCUUGCAAGCCAUCGGUCACACCUCCUAAUCCGCCUGCGCCUACAGCCAAGUGCUGUAGCGCACUGGCAAAGGCAGACAUGGGCUGCCUUUGCUCUUACAAAAAUUCUCAGUGGUUGCCUUCUUUGGGAAUCGAUCCUAAACUUGCAAUUCAGCUUCCUGAGAAAUGCAAACUCCCUAAUCCUCCCCGUUGCUAAUUAAGUGUUGGUCAUCUAAUCUAUACGGGUUUACACCACUAUUUUUCUGUUACAUAUUUAAUUACUUAUGUUGUGUGCAUUUUGAGCUUGCUUGUUGAUUUAUCUUCGUCAUUUGUUCCUAAGGCUAAUGACUUCAUAUGUACUCUGUAUGGUUGUCUUAAUGUGCUUCAGUUGUUUUGUAUUCUGUUA